CAGAACGGCAAGAACCUCCUCCUCCUCCUCUUCUUCUUCCUCUCGCUCUUAGUCAGGUCCUAGCUAGCAAGAACCUCUCAAACUGUCUCUCUCUCUCUCCUGUCCAUUAAUCUCACUAGUUCUUGUUCAUCAAAUUGAUCCUGCUCCUUAGCUAGCUGCUGCAGCUAUAGCUUAGCUUUGUUGUGUUCUUGCUAGCUAGGGUCUGACCAUAGGAUAAUGAUCUUGAACUCCGGAGGCAGAUACAUCGUAUUCCUCGACACCUGUCCGCUGGAUUCGGAGGAGCUCAAGGCCUUCUACUUCUGGAUCUUCCAAAUAUUCAAUAGAUACUGCCUCUGCCGCUAACUUAUAUGUGAUAUCUGCCAAUCUGCCUGACAUAUUUAACAUAGGCGAUUGACAGCUACAUAUCUAGCUAGCUAUCUAUCUAUCUUUGCGAUUCUUCUUUCCAUUGCAAUUAGGUUUGCGCUUGCUUGGCCAAGAUAUUUGGAUAGGUUACUUGCAAGUGUACAUUUUAUCUGAAAGUCACCUGAUUUGAUCAUGGGCACCAUGACUCUGCCCCCGGGUUUCCGGUUCCACCCUACCGACGAUGAACUGGUUGGGUAUUACCUCAAGAGGAAGGUCGACAGCCUCAAGAUUGAGCUCGAGGUCAUCCCUGUCAUUGAUCUCUACAAAUUCGAGCCAUGGGAGUUGCCAGAGAAGUCGUUCUUGCCGAAGCGUGACCUGGAGUGGUUCUUCUUCUGCCCGCGCGACCGAAAGUACCCGAACGGGUCGCGGACGAACAGGGCGACGAGCACGGGGUACUGGAAGGCCACCGGCAAGGACCGCAAGAUCGCCUGCGCCGACGUCUUCGGCCUCCGCAAGACGCUCGUCUUCUACAAGGGCCGCGCCCCCGGUGGCGAGCGCACCGACUGGGUCAUGCACGAGUACCGCCUCUGCCAGGACCUCGCCCAUGGCGUGUCCAACUUCAUCGGAGCGUACGCAUUGUGCCGCGUCAUCAAGAGGCACGAGGCCGGCCUGCUGGGCGAGCCGGCGGCGAAGGCGAAAGGAGUGGUCGGCGGCGGACAGAUGAGCAAGGCGUCGAGCAGCUCGUCCCUCGUCACCGCCGACCACCAGCUCGGCCGGGGCAACGCGUCGCCGUUCACGCCGACCAAUGCCAGCCCACCGCUGGACGAGAUGUUCGGCGGCGACCCGUUCCAGCUCCAGAGCUGCGUCCCGUACGGCGCCGGCGACGCGUGCGUGAUGGACCUGCCGCCUCUGUACGUGCCUCACGGGCAGCAGGACCCGUUCUUCUCCGCCGCCGGCUUUCCCCCGGCGGCGAUCAGCGAGACGCAGCCUCCUUUCUACGGCGACGUCAUGGGGAGCGUGUCCGAGCACGAGCUCAAGUGGGACAACCUGGGCUGCUCCGGCGGAAGCUCGGAGCUCUGUAACGCCGCCGCCGCCGGGGCGCCGCUUCUGUGCAGGCAGGCCAGCGACGGCGACGACCUCACGGCGUGGUUCGCCGCCGACGACAACAUGUCCGUCUUCUGAAUAAGCCACUGACAAGUGCGCGCGCUCCCGGGGGAAAAAAAAUGGCGGUACAUUUUUAAGCCAUGGCAUCUGGGGCCCACUUGUCAGCCACACAUAGAUGGGUAUCAUCAGUAUAUAUAUAUAUUGGUGUAGUUCAUGCAUUUGCCUACUGGAAUCAUCUGUGUGGCUACAGAGAUGAUGAGCUCUCUUUUUAGUACCAAGCUGUACAUCUUCUCUGUAGCAAUACAGCAUCUGGGCUCUGUUGUAAUACUCCAUUUCAGCUGUCCUGCUGCAGUUCAUGUACUUGUAAACACUAUGUAAGCUAAAGCUGGUGUUGCUGCUGCUGCAGAUCAAUGCACUUCCAAUUCAU